GGCCGGGCGGCGGCCGCCGCGCCCUUGGGCUCUGACUCCGGCUCCGGCUCGGGCUCGCUAUGGCUACGGCGGCGCCGUGAGGAGGAGUCCGCGUCCUCCGUGGCGGCGGCGGCGGCCGGCUCCAGGCCGGGUUUUGGCGCCGCCCGCCUGCUGCCUCCUGGCGGCUCCUGAACUCCAGCCCCCUCUCUAUCAGCCUCUCACUCCGUCUCAAUAUGUCUCAAGAUGGCGGCCAAUGUGGGAUCGAUGUUUCAAUAUUGGAAGCGCUUUGAUUUACAGCAGCUGCAGAGGGAACUCGAUGCCACCGCAACAGUAUUGGCGAACCGGCAAGAUGAAAGCGAGCAGUCCAGAAAGCGGCUCAUCGAGCAGAGCCGAGAGUUCAAGAAGAACACUCCAGAGGAUUUGCGCAAGCAGGUAGCGCCGCUGCUGAAGAGCUUCCAAGGGGAGAUUGAUGCACUGAGUAAAAGAAGCAAAGAAGCUGAGGCAGCCUUCUUGAACGUCUACAAAAGAUUGAUUGAUGUUCCAGAUCCCGUGCCGGCUCUGGACCUCGGGCAGCAGCUCCAGCUCAAAGUGCAGCGCCUGCACGACAUUGAGACAGAGAACCAGAAGCUUAGGGAAACUCUUGAAGAAUACAACAAGGAGUUUGCUGAAGUGAAAAAUCAAGAGGUUACGAUAAAAGCACUUAAAGAGAAAAUCCGAGAAUAUGAACAGACUCUGAAGAAUCAAGCCGAGACUAUAGCUCUCGAAAAGGAACAAAAGUUACAAAAUGAUUUUGCAGAAAAGGAGAGAAAGCUGCACGAGACGCAGAUGUCCACCACCUCAAAGCUGGAGGAAGCGGAACACAAAGUUCAGACCCUGCAAACAGCCCUGGAAAAAACUCGAACAGAAUUAUUUGACCUGAAAACCAAAUACGAUGAAGAAAUCACUGCCAAGGCCGAUGAAAUCGAAAUGAUCAUGACGGACCUUGAAAGAGCAAACCAGAGGGCAGAGGUGGCCCAGAGAGAGGCAGAGACCUUAAGGGAGCAGCUCUCAUCAGCCAACCACUCUCUCCAGCUGGCCUCGCAGAUCCAGAAGGCGCCGGACGUGGAGCAGGCCAUAGAGGUGCUGACCCGCUCCAGCCUGGAAGUUGAGUUGGCCGCCAAAGAGCGGGAGAUCGCCCAGCUGGUGGAGGACGUGCAGAGACUCCAGGCCAGCCUCACCAAGCUGCGGGAGAACUCAGCCAGCCAGAUCUCCCAGCUCGAGCAGCAGCUGAGUGCCAAGAACAGCACACUCAAACAACUGGAAGAAAAACUCAAAGGACAGGCUGACUAUGAAGAAGUGAAGAAAGAACUAAACAUUCUGAAGUCCAUGGAGUUCGCACCGUCCGAAGGAGCUGGGACACAGGACGCGUCCAAGCCCCUGGAGGUGCUGCUGCUGGAGAAGAACCGCUCGCUGCAGUCUGAGAACGCCGCACUGCGCAUCUCCAACAGCGACCUGAGCGGGUCAGCCAGGAGAAAAGGGAAAGACCAGCCUGAGAGUCGGCGUCCUGGACCUUUGCCGGCGCCCCCUCCUCAGUUGCCCCGCAACACGGGGGAGCAGGCUUCCAAUACUAAUGGUACACACCAGUUCUCACCAGCGGGGUUAACUCAAGACUUUUUCAGCUCAUCCCUGGCAAGCCCCAGCCUACCCCUGGCUUCUACGGGAAAAUUUGCACUAAACUCUCUCCUCCAACGACAGCUAAUGCAGUCCUUCUACUCCAAGGCCAUGCAGGAAGCAGGAAGCACAAGCAUGAUUUUUUCAACAGGUCCAUACAGCACAAACUCCAUAUCAUCCCAAAGCCCAUUACAACAAAGCCCAGAUGUAAAUGGCAUGGCCCCGUCUCCCAGCCAGUCAGAAAGUGCUGGGAGUGCCUCCGAGGGCGAGGAGAUAGACACUGCAGAAAUCGCCCGGCAGGUGAAAGAGCAGUUGAUCAAGCACAAUAUCGGACAGCGCAUUUUCGGACAUUAUGUCUUGGGACUGUCUCAAGGGUCCGUGAGCGAGAUCCUGGCCCGGCCCAAGCCAUGGAAUAAACUGACCGUUCGUGGCAAGGAGCCUUUUCACAAGAUGAAGCAGUUCCUCUCGGAUGAGCAGAACAUCUUGGCUCUUCGCAGCAUCCAAGGCAGACAAAGAGAGAAUCCAGGCCAGAGCCUGAACAGACUAUUUCAGGAAGUACCGAAACGAAGAAAUGGGUCUGAAGGUAACAUCACCACCCGGAUCCGCGCCUCAGAGACUGGGUCCGACGAAGCGAUCAAGUCCAUCCUGGAGCAAGCCAAACGGGAGCUGCAGGUGCAGAAAACCGCAGAGCCGGCCCAGCCUUCCUCCACGUCCAGCAGCGGGAGCUCUGACGACGCCAUCCGUUCUAUCCUCCAGCAAGCCCGCCGAGAGAUGGAGGCCCAGCAAGCCGCCCUCGACCCCGCCUUAAAACAAGCACCACUGUCACAGACUGACAUCACCAUCCUGACCCCCAAGUUAAUUUCCACCUCGCCCAUGUCCUCGGUGUCCAGCUACUCUCCUCUAGCCAUUUCUUUGAAGAAGCCCCCCUCUGCCCCUGAUUCCAACACCUCGGCUCUACCCAACCCCCCGGCCCUCAAAAAGGAGUCCCAGGACACACCUGGGCUGGACCUCCAGGGGGCGGCCGACGCUGCACAGGGCGUCCUCCGACACGUGAAGAACGAGCUGGGCCGCAGCGGCGGGUGGAAGGACCACUGGUGGAGCACAGUGCAGCCGGAGAGAAAGAGCAGCGCUGCUUCCGAGGAGACUAAGGUUGAGGAAGCCGGCGGCGGGAAAGAGAAAGGCGGUGGCAGCGGCAGCGGCAGCCAGGCGCGGGCGGACCGCGGCCAGCUCCAGGGACCCCCCUCCUCCGAGUACUGGAAAGAGUGGCCCAGCGCGGAGUCCCCGUACUCCCAGAGCUCGGAGCUGAGCCUCACCGGAGCCAGCCGCAGCGAGACGCCCCAGAACAGCCCUCUGCCCUCCUCCCCGAUCGUGCCCCUGGCCAAGCCCGCCAAGCCCUCCGUGCCCCCACUGACGCCCGAGCAGUAUGAGAUCUACAUGUACCAGGAGGUGGACACCAUUGAGCUCACCCGGCAGGUGAAAGAGAAGCUGGCCAAGAAUGGCAUUUGUCAAAGGAUCUUCGGGGAGAAGGUGCUGGGCCUGUCCCAGGGCAGUGUCAGUGACAUGCUGUCUCGGCCGAAGCCAUGGAGCAAGCUGACGCAGAAAGGCCGUGAACCCUUCAUCCGGAUGCAGCUCUGGCUGAACGGCGAGCUGGGCCAGGGCGUCCUGCCGGUCCAAGGGCAGCAGCAGGGCCCAGUCCUCCAUUCGGUGACGUCACUACAGGACCCCCUGCAGCAGGGCUGUGUGAGCUCAGAAAGCACGCCAAAGACCUCUGCCAGCUGCAGCCCCGCGCCCGAAUCACCAAUGAGCUCCAGUGAAUCGGUGAAGAGUUUGACUGAACUGGUCCAGCAGCCCUGUCCCGCCAUUGAAACAAGUAAGGACGGCAAACCGCCAGAACCCAGCGACCCGCCUGCUUCAGACUCCCAGCCUACCACCCCGCUGCCUCUCUCCGGACACUCAGCCCUCAGCAUUCAAGAGCUGGUAGCCAUGUCUCCAGAGCUGGACACCUACGGAAUAACCAAGAGGGUCAAGGAGGUGCUGACUGACAACAACCUUGGUCAGCGCUUAUUUGGGGAGACCAUUCUAGGGCUCACCCAAGGCUCCGUCUCGGACCUCCUCGCUCGCCCGAAGCCCUGGCACAAGCUCAGCCUGAAGGGGCGGGAGCCCUUUGUCCGAAUGCAGCUGUGGCUUAAUGACCCCAACAACGUGGAGAAGCUGAUGGACAUGAAACGGAUGGAAAAGAAAGCCUACAUGAAGCGACGACACAGCUCUGUCAGCGACAGUCAGCCCUGCGAGCCCCCCUCUGUCGGCAUUGACUACAGCCAAGGUGCGAGCCCCCAGCCGCAGCACCAGCUGAAGAAACCCCGUGUGGUGCUGGCUCCUGAAGAGAAAGAAGCUCUGAAACGAGCAUAUCAGCAAAAGCCAUACCCGUCACCAAAAACCAUCGAAGAACUUGCCACUCAGCUCAACUUGAAAACCAGCACUGUCAUCAACUGGUUCCACAAUUACAGGUCUCGGAUCCGCAGAGAACUGUUCAUUGAGGAGAUUCAGGCCGGGAGCCAGGGCCAGGCGGGGGCCAGCGACUCCCCGUCGGCCCGAAGCAGCCGGCCGGCGCCCAGCUCCGAGGGCGACAGCUGUGACGGCGUGGAGGCCGCCGAGGGCCCGGGCGCCGCGGACGCUGAGGAGUCGGGUGGCCCCGCGGCCGCCACCAAGUCUCAGGGAGGGCCUGCGGAGGCCGUCGCGGCCCCGGAGGAGCGGGAGGAAGCGCCGCGGCCGUCGGAGAAGGCGGAGGCGCCGCCCUCGGGGACCCUGGCCCCGGACGACGACGCGGACGAGGGCCAAGCCCGGGCCCCGCCGCCGCCGCCGCCCGAAGGCCCCGCGGAAGGCCGGAGGCCUGUGCCAAAACCCGCCGCCGCCCCCAGGGAGGACGCCGCUACCUCAGCCGCCCCGCCGGCGGAGGGCCCCUGCAGGGCCCGGGACGCCGACGGGGGUUCCGCUUUGCCAAGCACCAGUGCGCCCGCAGCCGCCCGCAGGCCCAGCUCGCUGCAGAGCCUCUUCGGCCUCCCCGAGGCGGCGGGCGCCAGGGACUCGCGCGACAACCCCUUGAGGAAGAAGAAGGCCGCGAACUUGAACAGCAUCAUUCACCGCCUGGAGAAGGCCGCCAGCCGGGAGGAGCCCAUCGAAUGGGAGUUCUGAGAGGCGCCGCCCGCCCACCCGCGCCCCGGGCCCGGGCCCGAGCAGGGCCGCGCCGCGUCGGGGCCGGCCGAGCCCGCCGAGCGGGGCGGAGGGGCGGCGCCGAGCCCGCGGCCCGGACCGCGUUGCGCACUUACUGCCCUGCGGGCCACAGGGCAAAAUCGCCAUAGGCCAAGGUGCAUAUAGAAAACAAAGGAGCAUUAAGCCCAAUCUAUGUUGUGUUUUCAAGGAAGAAAACGGAAAUGUGUAGUCGAGCUUUUUUGUACCCUGAAGUGUUUUUUUUAUUGCCCUAAGUGAUUUCCACAGGUUCUGGAAUAACUCUUACAGCUUUGCCUUGCGCCCUCCUCUUUCGUGUGGGCUUUAAAAAAAAAAAAAUCAAACCCACAUAUUAAAAGGGGGCUUUUUAUCUGCCAUCUAAUGGCUUCAGAGCGAUAAUACACUAUUAUCUUCUUAAACCAGGAAAAGGGGGGGAUUUUUCAGAAAAAUUAAAAAAGAAAGUUUUUGUAGCUGUUCAGUUGCCACUAAGAGAUUGCACAGUCAAACCGACUCUAAACACACUAGUUUGGAUUCCUGAAUAUUUUCAAGUAAAGAAUCUUCUCGUUUGAAGCUUUGAAUUGAAAUAAAACACAUUUACUCCACAUAUUUUUUAACAAAAAGAAAAGUCACAUCAGGAAAAUAACCAAUUUUGUGGUAGCUGACGUAGUGUUUUCUUGUACGUGAAUAGAACCUGACAUGUAGUGCACAUCAAUCCAUAGCUUUAACUGGCUCUGGGCUUUUGCUGACCAGGGUCUGUUUAAUACACUCCAUUCUAGGCCAAAUCAGGACAAAAAGAAAAGAUCCGAAUCUAGGUAUUUUAUAAUCUGCUUUUUAACCUCUAACCGCAGAGCACGCUGAUCAGACCUCAUAUCUCGGAGGUUUAGGAGACAAGUUAGAACUGUAGCAUGUACCCGUUCAUUUUGUUUAAUUUAUGGUGUCUACGUCUGUGUUAGUGCGUCUGCACAUGUGUGAGCAUUUAAAGAAAGGAGGAAAGAGUAGGCCACUGAGGUCACGGCAGACAGUUCUGGGGCCAAACGGGGCCCACUCCGCGUAGGCAGCAGUCUCUCCUUGGCACAGAAGGCACCACACCUCACACCACUCUCCCAGGCGCCUGAUGGACUGAGCCCCACCAGGGGACGCCACUCCCCGGGCCUGGGCAGGGCUCCCGCGCACUCUCUCUCUCCCUUCCUUCCCACCACAAGCACUGAUGACUGUCGAAGUCGUGGGAAGUGUCCUUCCCUGCAGAAGAGAGAACGUGGCAAUCUGGGCUCUGCUCCCACCCCCACAGAGAUGGCCCAAACUGACACCAAAAUGUUGAUACUCUUCACUUCCAGACCAGACCAUUCACUCUUCACUCAUAUUGCCUCUCGGGACGUUCUUUUACGCAGUCUUUUACUGAAUCUUUUAGGUCAGUCUAAGUACAAAUCAGAAGUCUAACUUGUCUCUGAUUCCUCCUGUUGUCUAUGUGUAUAUGCGUGAGAAUAGAGGUGGAUGCGAGUGUGCGUGUGUGCGUGUGUGCAAUUUUAUACGUCUGUGUAUUUUCUUAAGUACCUGUGCACACAUAGAGUGCAUUACUGCCACCUUUUUUCAAUAAGCUGUUCAGUUAUGGCUUCUACAAGUUUGCUAAUUUAGACUCCUUUAUUGCCAUAUCUUUAAACUAACAAUAGAUGAUUUCGGUAUAUAUAUAUUUUUUUUUGCUUAUUUAUAGGUGCUGUAUUUUAUUAUCUGAUUGUUAGGAAGGGAUGAAAGGGGCAAAUAUUCUUUAGAGGGAUAGACUGCCGGCAGUAUUGGGUAUAAUUUACAAGAUGUAGUUGUCAUACUGUAUAUUACUGAUUGAAAACUUUUUGACCGUAUUGUGUAUCAUUGAAACCUUUGUCUUAGGUCAACAUCUUUGGAUGACAUUUUAAUGGUGCAUUCAUUAUUUCUUAAGUUUAAUUAAUAUUAUCUUUUUUGAUUCGGGGGUGGGAGGGAGUUACAAGUUUAGAGGUGUGCUCCCGCUGUGGCACCUCAGUGUGCUUGUGUUAAUUAACUUGUAGGACUUUGACUGUAAGAUGCGAAACCACAUUUCUUGCAUGACAUUUUAGAAAUUGUAUAUUUCAUUUACAGUCUUUUAACCUGCAACUGCAGCACUUAGUUCAAGUUUUCACAGAUUUAAGAGUCACUACACUAAAGACAAUGCCUUUCAUGAAUGAGAAGUUCUCAGAAGGCUCUAGGAGGCUGUGAGGCAGGCCGCUUGUCUUUCGGUGGUUGGACCGUCUCUGGACCUGAGGUCUGGUUCAGCAGAGGAGAAUUCAAAAUGGAGGAGCUCAAGGGGAAACAGGUUACCAUCCGGCUCAGUGCAGGCGCAUUAAGAAGAGCGAGUUGGCGUUAGUGACCCUUAGGACAGCGAGGAGCAGAGCCCCUGACAGUACUGUGGUGUCCUCUCCACAAAAACCUCGAGGGAAUUCUGUCAUCGUGUGUGAUGAAUCACUAAAUAUCUGAUUUUCAUCAGAAUCAAAAGCAGGGAGUUAACAGGAAAUGUUAGGGUAGUGUUUUAGUUUUAAAGGCAUGACUGUUAUUUAUAGAGGUAUUAAAUGCGAGGAAAUUGAAAAAUUAUAAAUUUGUUCAUUCUAGUGGCCAAAUAGUAACAGUCUAAAAUAGCCACUUUGGCUCUUCCAAGCAAUUUAGUCGUUUUUGUUGUGCUGGGGUUUUUUAACUAGGUUAUUGUUGAUUUCCACUUUGUCUCUUUUGCCAGACUCACAUCUGGGUGCUCGAUACAAUCAGUUGGUUAAAUUUUUGCUUGCAGUUCUGUAUUUGUAUUUUUUCUCUAUUUAUUUUUUUCUAUUGCCAUCCCAGCCCUGUUCUCUUUUGUGUUGAAGCUAUCACUGUCUGCAAUACUUCUUAGAGCUGCCACUAAGUAACAGAAACGUGUCGGCGGGGGCGGGCGUCCCCCUCCUCGUUGCGCCCCUCAGUUUGAGUCUAAGGGUUGAGCUUUCAUCUUGAGAAGCAAUAUUCAAGUGCCUUGAACAGCAUCCCCUCCAUAGGGUUUUACCUUCAGCGGGCAGGCGUUCCAAGCAGUAGCUCCCACAAGCAGCCAACCUCCUCCUCUUUACGCUCCAUCGGUUUAAAAAGCUGAUUUGUACCUCUCUCCUGGGGAAAACGGUUCCAUAUAAAACACUAACACUUAAUUACAAGCUCCAUUAUACCAUUUUAAAUGGCUUCUUUUUGUUAAUUGGAGGCAGUGUUCAUAACUUAAGGUUUUUGCCAUUACUUAGCUGGCUAAGUGGAGGCUCAGCAUAAAAUCAGUGUUCGCAGUUGGCCUCUUGACCCCGGCUCCCGCCCACGCUCUCCCCGCGGUGUCUGCGGUGGGAGGCAUGGGUUCUGGCCCAGACCCGUGCCCGCUCGCUUCCACCACCCGGCUCCCCGGUGACCAGCUCUCUAGAACUUCCAGAUCGGUCAGGACAUCUCUGACUUCUGUCCACCAGACUGCUCUCCUUUAAAAAAAGAUGACCACAGCCAUUACUUCGAGUCAGUUAUUCUCAGAGCCACCCCGCCUGAGGAACACCACAGUGCGCAGUGGCUUAUGGUCAGCAGGCGGCCCUGAGACGCAGGCUUGGGAGAAGUCUCCAGGAAAUGCUAGGGUCUUGACUCGCAUGAGUACUCUCAAACCCUGGCCACUGUGUCUGGGAAAGUGACUGAGGUGACAAAUAACCGUGCAUGGCCCCCCUCUACUUCCUAAGCACAAAUGCCUCCCUGCCCAGUUUCCUUCCUGUUGGCAUCUUUGUUCUCUCCCCAUUUUGAAACCAUCCUGUCUGAUGUGGACAUUUAGGUCUGCCAGUUGGUGGUCUGGUGGUCCAGACCCAGAGUGCUGUUGAGCUUUGGGUUAAAUGUCACUCUGUGCUCUCUCUGGCACGAGAGACCCUCCCCACCCUGGGUCCAGCUGGCCAGCUCCAGGAGGAAGGAGACACCCCAGCUGCCUCCUGGGCCAGGGUGCAUCAGUCGUGCAGUUCGUGAGCUGCCCAGGCAGAAGGCGGGUCGUGUGGGCUGACUUCCCUAAGAUCAGCAGCAGUCACGCCCUGAGAGACGGGAGUGCAAGUCAGCAGACGGCUCAGGCUGCAGGAGGGCGCCUCCCCAGCUACAGCUGGGUGGGUUUCUCUGUCCCUCCUAAAGUCGUGCCCUUUCACACAGGAGUGAUCAAUGAACUCAGCUGGCAUUCUGUGUGUCGUUUUUCAUUCCCCUGAUUUUAAAGAAACAAACCUCACUGAAAAUAGCAGAGGAGCAGGGGAGUAGAUGCACAUCCUGGGGUCAGCUCACAGUGAAACGGCGAUCGACUUAGUAGAUCUGGAGCCGGGGACCAGCAGCCUCUGCCUUAAAUGCACUGUGACAGGCACCUCCCACAGGCCCACAAAAACAAGGGUCUGCUUGCGGCCUUCACAGGCCCUGCUCUUGGAGGCCAGCGCACCAGCUGUACGGCCGGCAGUGUGGCAAGGCAGGGUUCUGGCCUGUGUGGUGGGUGUUGGCCACGUCCCUUCAGGCUAGAGGUUUGGCUCCCUCCCUGCAUAUCCUCAGUUGUCAGGACCCUCAGGCGCCCCGUCUACCUCACUGGCCCACGCUGCUGUCUGACGUCACUCCUCAGCCCACACCCGUCAGAACCCUGCAGUGGGUGGGCUGCGGGGGGAGAGAAAGCUAGAAGGGUGGCAUCCACGACCUUGGCCUGGUGGGCAGGCAUCUUCUCUCUUCUGAGCACGACACGGACAGACAGCUGUGUUCUGUGAGGCACACGGGUUUUUCUCUGUACUUCCACCUGUUCUGGAAGAUCUGUCAGCUGUUUCCUUGGCAGACAGGGCCAGUCUCAGGCCUCAGAGGGGCUUGUCUUCGCCUGCCUUCGUUUCUGCCCAUUCCUGUUCAGCUGUUCAGCUCCAUCCCAGGCGUUUUCCUUGCCCUGGGCUGCCCUUAAAUGGCCACGUGAGGACACUUCCCCAGGGUUCCGACCUGGUAUCGGGGAGCUCUGUCUCUGUUGUGUCUGGGAGGUUGUGACUUCAGCUCCACUGUGACACUCCUUUGGAAGCAUCUCAAAGACAGGAAAGGAUAUGGCAUUCUCCAGUCCACUUGCCCAAUCUCCAGUCACAUGUCCCUUUCUUUCCCAAAGAGUUUGCCAGUUUCUACCCAGUGCUAAUGAAAACCAGCUCUUAGGGCUGCUGGUUGGAAUUGGGACCAUCCAUUUUGGUGGCGAAAGUGUUUUGAUGGAAAGAAUUUGGAAACGGGAGCCUAAGAUUUGUGCCAUCAUCGUGCACUUGGGCAUUUACCAGGAAAAGCUCACAUGUAGAAAUGCCCACAGUGUUCCGGGGGUUUCAUUUGGGCCUUGGUGGCAUUAAGAGAGCCUUCGUGGCCCACGAGGCAGAGCUCCUGCCCUGAGUGGCACAAUGAUGGCCUGGGACUCCGACGGGACAGGGUUCUACUUCCCAGUGCAUUGGACGACAGGCUGACCGGCGUGCCACUUGCUAAGAGAGUGGUCCUGGUGCACAGUAUCAUUUCCAUUUCCAUCCGGGUGAAUCCAGACAGUAGAGGACGGGGUGUGGGGAACAGCCAGCUGGACGAAAAUGGGCCCCGCCCCAGAACCUUGCUGCCCCAGCAGCCCUACUCCCUGAGAGCUCACGCCUGGUCAGGGAAGAAAGAAAUGCAAUCCCCUCUCAUCGGCCCCAUCGGGAGCUGAUCCCACCCACCCAGGCCUGGCUUCUGCCCUUCCGCCACCCCCCCUCCAAAGAUACUGCGUCCACACUGGCAGUGGCAUCACCUCCAUUCUCAUUUUUGGAUGAAGUGACAUUUAGCUUUAACAAGACAUUUCCAAAGCGCCUAGUCUCCUCCAAAAUGCUAACUUCAAAAGUUGGGCAUCGUGGGCAAAGAAUCCUAAAAAAAAAAAGGCUAGUGAGAGAAAGACAUUAGGCUAUGCAUAAAUGUGCACUUCCCCAAAGCCCCUGUUAUUAAACUUAAAAUGCCUUUGAGUUGCUUUUCGUGAUCAUUUUAAUUUAUCCAACACUGUUAAGAAGUAUAGUCUGUUACUGUAACUUUUGUAGCGUUUAGGCUUUAAUUUCUUACCACAAAAUAUGCUGUUUGCUAUGUAUCAAGCUUUCUGUGAGCAGAAAGGAAAGGUGCCUUAUAUCCCAAUGUCACGGCCACAUCCCUGUGGGAAACAGUCAGAAGCACAGUGAGCACGGAAGCACUGGGACUUCCGUCGGCGAACUCAGACUCCCGUCAGCAAGACAGACGGAAGUGGCACGGGGCUGCUUUUGUUUCAGAGUCCUCUUUCCCCCGCCUUUUCAUUUUCCUUUUGUCUUCUUUUGUAGCUUGCUUUAAACAGAAAGCACUUAAAUAGAUGACUAUGUGUGAAAGCUCUGUGCAAUAGAAAUCAUUUUUCUUCAUUUUUAAGAGAUAAUGUAUUGCACACCAAAUGAACUCAAAGUAAGCUUUAGACCAGGACGAUUCAGGUUGUGGAUCAGUACGUUCACUGUAGUUCCACGUGUUCCCGAACUGAAGGGAAAGCAGGUGGCCCCGCCCCACCCCCCUAGCCUGCCUCUGGCUCUGACCACUGAGCUCGGCCUGCGGAGCACAUGGCCAGAACCGCUGGGGGGCGGGGCGGGCGUGUGCGCCUCCGCUGCUGAGAACCUCUGCCGUGUGAGACCACAGCCAUCCCUUCCAGCACUUAACCUUUUCUUGUUGAGAUGGAUUGACUGCUACUGACCUGCCAGUGUGCAUGAGGAUAAUUAUAAAAGGAUAUUUCCUUGAGAAAAAAAAAAUUAUUUCUAUCCUCUUCUAUUUAUUAUUAGGUUAAUCAUUUAAGUACUUAUCAGGAGUAUAUUGUUGUUUUGUGUUGUUUUGUUGUUGUUAUAAAUGCUUUUUGCUAUCACUCCAGUGGUUACUGUCUUCUGCCUCCUGCCCUCCCCAUCCCACCUCCCAAAAAAGAACUGAAGGGCCUGGGGACCUGACUGGGGGCACAGGGGGCUUCUCCAGCAGAAUCAGACAUCUGCCUCCAGAGUAGCCACUCAGAAACCAGUGGUCUCCACGUGUCUGACUUUUUAAAUGAGAGUUGAUGAACAAAAAUCUGCCAGUGUGAGGAAACGCCGAGGUGAAGAACACUCAUGUGAGAAGCUGCAGAGGAGACUUAAGCAAAAUUCAGUUCCCCAAAGCCUCCUAGAGCCUCUGUAAGACUUCUGGGUUCAUGAAGUUUCCGCGAGGGCGCGGCGGCCUGGCCCAGGCUGUGGCUUCCGAGUGAGAGAGUGGUUUCUUGCCAGGCUCACGUGGGUUGGCGUGUUUUAGUUGGCUUUUGUCGUUGUUGUUGUUGUUGUUUUUCUUGCAUACUAAUUUGGUCAAAACCAUCUUUUAAAGCAACAGUGUUUCUUCGUUCGGCUGUCGCUUGAGGACCCGCACCAAGGAGGUCGAGGGGAGCCUCUCCUCCCCUCAGUGUGGCUGAAUGCAGAGGGAGGUUAGAUGUGGACAGAGCUUUCUGAGGCAAGCAGCACAGCCAGCAAGAUACCCGGCUGCUUGCACUGGGCUGUGAGGCUGAAGUGGGGCUGCUCUGGGGCCUGUGGGCUCACCCUCGUGGGCGCCAGAGAAGGAAGCCCUUCCGGGUCGAGGCAGGGGCCCUGCCCGCCCCAGGUGGAGCCAGGCACCUGCCUCUGCCUCUGCCUCCGCCUCCGCCUCCGCCCCCAUGGGGCCCGCCGACUCCCGACCUACUUUUCAUGCCACGACUUUUCCCCUUCUCUGAAAACCAUCGAAGGUCCUGAUUUUGUUCUCAUCUCUCUGAAAGAAUGCCCUCCAAUGAAAUAACUGCCCUCAUCCCCCCAAAAGGGUUUGCAUUUCUCUCUAAUUAGUCUAUGCAUUUCUCUCUCGAGCCGUUUUCUGCCUCCUUCCUUGAGAAAACGGGCAUCUCAUGUCCCACCAUCUGAGACCCCCUCAGAAAAUGCUGUGCAUUUUGGAGAUGUGAGGAUUCGUUCAAACUUCAUAAAGCAUUUGAGGAUAGCUUGUUGUAACGGUGGGAAAAGAAAAGGUGGUUUUCCCACGCCCCUGUCCACUGAGGAAGACCUAGCUCUUUGCGAUUGUGCAAUAACUACUUGCCUGCGAGCGGGCAGCCACGCCCCGUCCAGACUACUAAACACAGCACAGGCCCAGCGCUCUCGAAGCGGCGGGCUUCUUCCGGAGAAUUCUCAAUAAGCUCAGCUCCCCCCAGCAUAUCGUGGUGUCUUACAUUUUAGCAGUAUUUUAUAUUUUCUGUAACGCACUAAGUCUUAGAUGUUUUUAGAGCUCAUUUGUUAAUGCUCACAAUCACAGACUUUUUUUAAAAUCCUCACAGAGACCCAAUUGACCAAAAAAAGAAAAAAAGGCAUCAUUUUUUUAUACAAAUAGCUUUGAGAAGCCUCUGCUGUGUUGCUGUGACCCAUCUCUAGUACCAUUUUUAUUUCUUGCUAUCUGUUUUCAACAUUAAGAGUCAGAAGCUGAUCCGGCUGGCAUGGGGGUGGGUGAGGCGCCCGUCGGCCCCUCGGUGUUGUCCCUUCUGUCUUUGGUUAGCCAUACGAUGUUCGUUCUCAGCACUGUACAACGGUCCCUAUAUGAUAUGGAGAAGCAAUAUCACUGUAUGAAACUCACACCAUGUAUUAUUAUUAUUCACUAGCACCCUAGGUGUGAUAAUUGAAGUAAAUAUCUUUUAUACAAACACAA